AUGGAAAUAAGGCGCGUUUUCGCGCGUCCAAAAAUCGGAUGUAUCGGGGCUCACCGUCGCUGUUUUCCCUUUUGCGCGCACUCUGCAAUCGAGAGAGAGAGAGAGAGAGAGAGAGAGAUGUCAUCCCCCAUGGACGUGGAUGUAGAGAGAGAGCAAGAUAUGAGGUAUUUGCAGACGGGAAAGGGGAAGGUGGUUGAGAGAGAACAGCUCCUCCCCAAGGCCACUCCAUGGGUGGAGAAGUACCGCCCACAAUCCCUCGCAGAUGUUGCCGCCCACAAAGACAUAAUCGAUACCGUUGAUAGGUUAACAAACGAGAACAGGCUUCCCCAUCUCCUCCUCUAUGGCCCUCCUGGUACUGGCAAGACCUCCACUGUUUUGGCAGUUGCUCGAAAGCUUUAUGGAGGGAACCUUCGCAACAUGAUUCUUGAGCUCAAUGCUUCUGAUGAUAGGGGUAUCGAUGUUGUUCGCCAACAAAUACAGGAUUUUGCUAGCACCCAGAGCUUCAGCUUUGGUGCAAAGUCUUCUGUGAAACUGGUCCUGUUGGAUGAAGCUGAUGCCAUGACAAAAGAUGCUCAAUUUGCCUUGCGGAGAGUGAUUGAGAAAUAUACAAAGAGCACAAGGUUUGCCCUUAUUUGUAACCAUGUCAACAAAAUAAUUCCGGCCUUGCAGUCAAGAUGCACCCGAUUUCGAUUUGCUCCUCUUGAUGCUGCUCAUGUCAGAGAACGGCUUCAAUAUGUCAUAAAGGCUGAGGGGCUUGAUGUUGAUGAAAGCGGAUUAUCUGCAGUUGUGAGGCUAAGCAAUGGAGACAUGAGAAAGGCUUUGAACAUAUUGCAGUCGACUCAUAUGGCUUCCCAGCAUGUGUCUGAGAAAGCUGUUUACCUUUGCACUGGCAACCCAAUGCCAAAAGAUGUCGAGCAAAUUUCCAAUUGGCUUCUAAAUGAGGACUUUGCAACUUCUUACAAAUAUAUAUCUGACAUGAAGACUACAAAAGGGUUGGCGUUGGUUGACAUAGUGAGAGAGGUUACAAUGUUUAUUUUUAUGAUCAAAAUGCCAUCAACUGUUCGAGUUCAACUUAUCAAUGAUUUGGCAGAUAUUGAAUACAGGCUGAGCUUUGGAUGCAAUGAUAAGUUGCAGCUUGGAUCACUCAUAGGCUCUUUCACUCAUGUUCGUUGUGCUAUGGAGGCAGCUGCCAAGUGAAGGCCAUUAUGCAUAGGCAUAUUGAUUUUUCUGGUUUUGGGGACCUCGGUGUAUUUUAAAGCGUAAGGUUAAUCUUAUUUUCUAGUUAUUGGAAAAAGCUUGUGGCAUUGCUUUAGAGGAUGAGAUAUUUUCAAGUGGUUCUCCAUGCUGAGUUUACUGGACAUUCUACUGGGGUUUCUUUCUGCAUGCAGAAUGGAGGAUCCCUUGAUGUUUCCGAGAUUCCAACUUAUCCAUGGAAAACAGGCUUGCCUGACCCCAUGCCUCAAAAUGAGAUGCAAUCUGAUGUAUAUUGCUGCAGCUCUAAGGCUUUUCGUUUUGUUUUGUUGUUUACUUUUGGGGUGAAUAUGCAAGUUGAAGUGGUUUCAAUUAGCAGUUUUAUUUACAAUGCCCCACUGUCGAGCAUCACAUAAAUGUUUCAUGGUCUCUUAGGAAAGCGGAAUAUUGUAAGCUUAUUUUCAAAAUCAUGGUAUUCUUCUCA